AUGACCCCGGGGCUGCCCCUGCUGCUACUGGCACUGGCGCUGCGGGGGGGGACGGGGACCCCCCCGGGUCCCCCCCGGGUCCCCUGUGGGGCGGCGGCGCUGGUGGCCAUCCUGGGGCGCCUGCGGGAGCUGGAGGGACAAGUGCGGGCGCUGCAGGGACAGUGUGGGGACAGCCAGGGACCCCAGGCUGGCACCGCCCUCGGCUGCAGUGACCAAGGACGAUGUCGGGGGGGACGCUGCCACUGCUUCCCCGGCUUCACCGGCCCCUACUGUGCCACCCCCGCCUGUCCCCCCGGCCGCGGUGGGCCCCACUGCACCCUCGGUAUAGAUCCCUCGGUGACACCGCGCUUGGCCACCCGCAACCAGACGUCCUUCCGUGUGACCUGGCCUCGCCCCUCCAUGCCAGUGGAUGGCUACCAGGUGGCCCUCAUCCCCUGUAAGCUGGGGACGGGGACAGGGGACGAGCCAGCGGCGAUGACCACCCAUGAGCUGCCCGGCUCUGCUGUCACCUUCGAGGUGACAGGGCUGGCACCUGGACACACCUUCGAGCUCUUCAUCCAGGCCCAGCGGGAGCAGCACCUCGGGGCGCCUGGAACCCUGCGCAUCCGCACCCUGCUUGCCCAGACUCUGCCCACCCACGGGGGGUCCCCAGGGUCCCCUCAGGGUUCCCUGGGGUCCCCGGCAUCGCCAGCGUCACCAUCAGCCCGAGGGUCUCCAGCAUCCCCAAGGUCCCCAGUGUUACCAGCAUCCCCGGGGUCCCUGGGAUCACCAGCAUCACCAGUGUCACCGGAUGCAUCCUUGGGGUCACCAGGGUCUUUGGGGUCACCAGCUUCCCCAGCAUCUCCAAGGUUUCCAGCAUCCCCAGUAUCUCGAGGGUCCCCAGCAUCCUCGAGGUCCCCAGUGUCACCAGAGUCCCCGGGGUCACCAGUAUCUCCAAGGUCACCUGCCUCUCCACGGUCCCCAGCAUCCCCACAGUCCCCGGUGUCCCCAGCAUCCCCACUGUCCCCAGUGCUCCCGGGUGGCCCAUCCCUGCAUGACCUGGGGGCCAAGCUCUCCUCCUACAAUGGCUCCUUGCUGCAGCGCCUGGAGAGCCACCUCCGGGCUACGAACUUCCCCCUCCGGGGCAACCAAACGGUGCCAGCAGUGGCCCGCGCCAUCCUCUCUUACCUUCUGCGCCGCAGCCCGGCCCCGUUGCGUCACCAGCUCCUCCGUCAGAUCCCCCAUCCCAAGCCCCAGCUGAUGCCAGGGGCCGCUGGUGAGGCUCUGGUGGACCUGGAUGGGCUGCGGGGCCACGCAGAGACUGUGGUGAUCCGCUACCGGCUCCUGGAAGAGCCGGAGGGGGCCGAGGGGGAGCUACAGGUGCCGGGGGACACGGCGGUGGCCCGGGUGCCAGGGCUGGUGCCGGGGGCCAUGUACCGGGUGGAGGUGCACGGCGUGGUGCGGGGGCACGUCUCCAAGUCCUACACAUUCCUGGUGACGGCAGGGGUUGGUGGCACCAAUGAGCCCCCGCUGGAUUGGGAGAACAUGUAUGAGGUGGAGUUGACUGAGCCCCAAGGUGCCGUAGCCAAAGCAGUACCGGCCCCGCCGUCGGAGGAACCACCAACCCGGCCCCGUCUGGGCGGGCUUACAGUCUCCCACGUCACACCGGGCUCUGUCCAGCUGGAGUGGAGUGUCCUGGAAGGCACCUUUGAUUCCUUCACAGUGCAGUACAGGGAUGCCCAAGGGCAACCUCAGGCACUUGCUGUCGAUGGCGGGUCCCGCAUGGUGACGGUGCCUGGGCUGUCCCCGUCCCGCCGGUACAAGUUCAACCUGUACGGGGUGUGGGGUCGGAAAAGGAUCGGUCUUAUCUCCACCGACGCCGUCACAGCCCCAGCCCCACCAAAGGAGGAAGCGCCAUCGCAGCCGAUGCUGGGCGAGCUCACGGCCCCUCAUGUCACCCCCGAGUCCGUGGAGCUGGAGUGGAGCGUCCCCGAGGGCACCUUUGACUCCUUCACGGUGCAGUACAAGGAUGCCCAAGGGCAGCCCCAGGUGCUGCCCGUGGAGGGUGGUUCCCGCAGGGUGACGGUGCCUGGGCUGUCCCCGUCCCGCCGGUACAAGUUCAACCUGUACGGGGUGUGGGGUCGGAAACGUGUGGGCCCCGUCUCCACUGACGCCAUCACAGCCCCACCAAAGGAGGAACCGCCAUCGCAGCCGAUGCUGGGCGAGCUCACGGCCCCUCACGUCACCCCCGAGUCCGUGGAGCUGGAGUGGAGCGUCCCCGAGGGCACCUUUGACUCCUUCACGGUGCAGUACAAGGAUGCCCAAGGGCAGCCCCAGGUGCUGCCCGUGGAGGGUGGUUCCCGCAGGGUGACGGUGCCUGGGCUGUCCCCGUCCCGCCGGUACAAGUUCAACCUGUACGGGGUGUGGGGUCGGAAACGUGUGGGCCCCAUCUCCACCGAUGCCGUCACAGCCCCAGCCCCACCAAAGGAGGAACCGCCAUCGCAGCCAAUGCUGGGCGAGCUCACGGCCCCUCAUGUCACCCCCGAGUCCGUGGAGCUGGAGUGGAGCGUCCCCGAGGGCACCUUUGACUCCUUCACGGUGCAGUACAAGGAUGCCCAAGGGCAGCCCCAGGUGCUGCCCGUGGAGGGUGGUUCCCACAGGGUGACGGUGCCUGGGCUGUCCCCGUCCCGCCGGUACAAGUUCAACCUGUACGGGGUGUGGGGUCGGAAACGUGUGGGCCCCAUCUCCACCGAUGCCAUCACAGCCCCAGCCCCACCAAAGGAGGAACCGCCAUCGCAGCCGAUGCUGGGCGAGCUCACGGCCCCUCACGUCACCUCCGAGUCCGUGGAGCUGGAGUGGAGCGUCCCCGAGGGCACCUUUGACUCCUUCACGGUGCAGUACAAGGAUGCCCAAGGGCAGCCCCAGGUGCUGCCCGUGGAGGGUGGUUCCCGCAGGGUGACGGUGCCUGGGCUGUCCCCGUCCCGCCGGUACAAGUUCAACCUGUACGGGGUGUGGGGUCGGAAACGUGUGGGCCCCAUCUCCACCGAUGCCAUCACAGCCCCACCAAAGGAGGAACCGCCAUCGCAGCCGAUGCUGGGCGAGCUCACGGCCCCUCACGUCACCCCCGAGUCCGUGGAGCUGGAGUGGAGCGUCCCCGAGGGCACCUUUGACUCCUUCAUGGUGCAGUACAAGGAUGCCCAAGGGCAGCCCCAGGUGCUGCCCGUGGAGGGUGGUUCCCGCAGGGUGACGGUGCCUGGGCUGUCCCCGUCCCGCCGGUACAAGUUCAACCUGUACGGGGUGUGGGGUCGGAAGCGUGUGGGCCCCGUCUCCACCGACGCCGUCACAGCUGCAGCCGAAACAGAGGAGGUACCGCCUUCGCAGCCGAUGCUGGGCGAGCUCACGGCCCCUCACGUCACCCCCGAGUCCGUGGAGCUGGAGUGGAGCGUCCCCGAGGGCACGUUUGACUCCUUCACGGUGCAGUACAAGGAUGCCCAAGGGCAGCCCCAGGUGCUGCCCGUGGAGGGUGGUUCCCGCAGGGUGACGGUGCCUGGGCUGUCCCCGUCCCGCCGGUACAAGUUCAACCUGUACGGGGUGUGGGGUCAGAAGCGUGUGGGCCCCGUCUCCACUGACGCCAUCACAGCCCCAGCCCCACCAAAGGAGGAACCGCCAUCGCAGCCGAUGCUGGGCGAGCUCACGGCCCCUCACAUCACCCCCGAGUCCGUGGAGCUGGAGUGGAGCGUCCCCGAGGGCACCUUUGACUCCUUCACGGUGCAGUACAAGGAUGCCCAAGGGCAGCCCCAGGUGCUGCCCGUGGAGGGUGGUUCCCGCAGGGUGACGGUGCCUGGGCUGUCCCCGUCCCGCCGGUACAAGUUCAACCUAUACGGGGUGUGGGGUCGGAAGCGUCUGGGCCCCGUCUCCACCGAGGCCGUCACAGCCCCACCAAAGGAGGAACUGCCAUCGCAGCCGAUGCUGGGCGAGCUCACGGCCCCUCACGUCACCCCCGAGUCCGUGGAGCUGGAGUGGAGCGUCCCCGAGGGCACCUUUGACUCCUUCAUGGUGCAGUACAAGGAUGCCCAAGGGCAGCCCCAGGUGCUGCCCGUGGAGGGUGGUUCCCGCAGGGUGACGGUGCCUGGGCUGUCCCCGUCCCGCCGGUACAAGUUCAACCUGUACGGGGUGUGGGGUCGGAAACGUGUGGGCCCCAUCUCCACCGACGCCGUCACAGCUGCAGCCGAGCCAGAGGAGGAACCGCCAUCGCAGCCGAUGCUGGGCGAGCUCACGGCACCUCAUGUCACCCCCGAGUCCGUGGAGCUGGAGUGGAGCGUCCCCGAGGGCACCUUUGACUCCUUCACGGUGCAGUACAAGGAUGCCCAAGGGCAGCCCCAGGUGCUGCCCGUGGAGGGUGGUUCCCGCAGGGUGACGGUGCCUGGGCUGUCCCCGUCCCGCCGGUACAAGUUCAACCUGUACGGGGUGUGGGGUCGGAAACGUGUGGGCCCCAUCUCCACCGAUGCCGUCACAGCUAUGUCCGAGCCGGAGGAGGAACCCCCAUCGCAGCCGAUGCUGGGCGAGCUGAGAGCCCCUCAUGUCACCCCCGAGUCCGUGGAGCUGGAGUGGAGCGUCCCCGAGGGCACCUUUGACUCCUUCACGGUGCAGUACAAGGAUGCCCAAGGGCAGCCCCAGGUGCUGCCCGUGGAGGGUGGUUCCCGCAGGGUGACGGUGCCUGGGCUGUCCCCGUCCCGCCGGUACAAGUUCAACCUGUACGGGGUGUGGGGUCGGAAACGUGUGGGCCCCAUCUCCACCGACGCCGUCACAGCUGCAGCCGAGCCAGAGGAGGAACUGCCAUCGCAGCCGAUGCUGGGCGAGCUCACGGCGUCCCAGGUCACCCCCGAGUCCGUGGAGCUGGAGUGGAGCGUCCCCGAGGGCACCUUUGACUCCUUCACGGUGCAGUACAAGGAUGCCCAAGGGCAGCCCCAGGUGCUGCCCGUGGAGGGUGGUUCCCGCAGGGUGACGGUGCCUGGGCUGUCCCCGUCCCGCCGGUACAAGUUCAACCUGUACGGGGUGUGGGGUCGGAAACGUGUGGGCCCCGUCUCCACCGAUGCCAUCACAGCUGAGCCAGAAAAGGAACCCCCAUCGCAGCCGAUGCUGGGCGAGCUGAGAGCCCCUCAUGUCACCCCCGAGUCCGUGGAGCUGGAGUGGAGUGUCCCCGAGGGCACCUUUGACUCCUUCACGGUGCAGUACAAGGAUGCCCAAGGGCAGCCCCAGGUGCUGCCCGUGGAGGGUGGUUCCCGCAGGGUGACGGUGCCUGGGCUGUCCCCGUCCCGCCGGUACAAGUUCAACCUGUAUGGGGUGUGGGGUCGGAAACGUGUGGGCCCCGUCUCCACCGACGCCGUCACAGCUGCAGCCGAACCGGAGGAGGAACCGCCAUCGCAGCCGAUGCUGGGCGAGCUCACGGCCCCUCAUGUCACCCCCGAGUCCGUGGAGCUGGAGUGGAGCGUCCCCGAGGGCACCUUUGACUCCUUCACGGUGCAGUACAAGGAUGCCCAAGGGCAGCCCCAGGUGCUGCCCGUGGAGGGUGGUUCCCGCAGGGUGACGGUGCCUGGGCUGUCUGCGUCCCGCCGGUACAAGUUCAACCUGUACGGGGUGUGGGGUCGGAAACGUGUGGGCCCCGUCUCCACCGACGCCCUCACAGCUGCAGCUGAACCAGAGGAGGAACCGCCAUCGCAGCCGAUGCUGGGCGAGCUCACGGCCCCUCAUGUCACCCCCGAGUCCGUGGAGCUGGAGUGGAGCGUCCCCGAGGGCACCUUUGACUCCUUCACGGUGCAGUACAAGGAUGCCCAAGGGCAGCCCCAGGUGCUGCCCGUGGAGGGUGGUUCCCGCAGGGUGACGGUGCCUGGGCUGUCCCCGUCCCGCCGGUACAAGUUCAACCUGUACGGGGUGUGGGGUCGGAAACGUGUGGGCCCCGUCUCCACCGACGCCGUCACAGCUGAACCAGAGGAGGAACCGCCAUCGCAGCCGAUGCUGGGCGAGCUCACGGCCCCUCAUGUCACCCCCGAGUCCGUGGAGCUGGAGUGGAGCGUCCCCGAGGGCACCUUUGACUCCUUCACGGUGCAGUACAAGGAUGCCCAAGGGCAGCCCCAGGUGCUGCCCGUGGAGGGUGGUUCCCGCAGGGUGACGGUGCCUGGGCUGUCCCCGUCCCGCCGGUACAAGUUCAACCUGUACGGGGUGUGGGGUCGGAAACGUGUGGGCCCCGUCUCCACCGACGCCGUCACAGCUGAACCAGAGGAAGAAUCCCCAUCGCAGCCGAUGCUGGGCGAGCUCACGGCCCCUCACGUCACCCCCGAGUCCGUGGAGCUGGAGUGGAGCGUCCCCGAGGGCACCUUUGACUCCUUCACGGUGCAGUACAAGGAUGCCCAAGGGCAGCCCCAGGUGCUGCCCGUGGAGGGUGGUUCCCGCAGGGUGACGGUGCCUGGGCUGUCCCCGUCCCGCCGGUACAAGUUCAACCUGUACGGGGUGUGGGGUCGGAAACGUGUGGGCCCCGUCUCCACCGACGCCGUCACAGCUGCAGCUGAACCAGAGGAAGAAUCCCCAUCGCAGCCGAUGCUGGGCGAGCUCACGGCCCCUCAUGUCACCCCCGAGUCCGUGGAGCUGGAGUGGAGCGUCCCCGAGGGCACCUUUGACUCCUUCACGGUGCAGUACAAGGAUGCCCAAGGGCAGCCCCAGGUGCUGCCCGUGGAGGGUGGUUCCCGCAGGGUGACGGUGCCUGGGCUGUCCCCGUCCCGCCGGUACAAGUUCAACCUGUACGGGGUGUGGGGUCGGAAGCGUGUGGGCCCCAUCUCCACCGAUGCCGUCACAGCUGCAGCUGAGCCAGAGAAGGAACCCCCAUCGCAGCCGAUGCUGGGCGAGCUCACGGCCCCUCACGUCACCCCCGAGUCCGUGGAGCUGGAGUGGAGCGUCCCCGAGGGCACCUUUGACUCCUUCACGGUGCAGUACAAGGAUGCCCAAGGGCAGCCCCAGGUGCUGCCCGUGGAGGGUGGUUCCCGCAGGGUGACGGUGCCUGGGCUGUCCCCGUCCCGCCGGUACAAGUUCAACCUGUACGGGGUGUGGGGUCGGAAGCGUGUGGGCCCCGUCUCUACCGAGGCCGUCACAGCUACAGCCGAGCCGGAGGAGGAACCCCCAUCGCAGCCGAUGCUGGGCGAGCUCACGGCCUCCCAGGUCACCCCCGAGUCCGUGGAGCUGGAGUGGAGCGUCCCCGAGGGCACCUUUGACUCCUUCACGGUGCAGUACAAGGAUGCCCAAGGGCAGCCCCAGGUGCUGCCCGUGGAGGGUGGUUCCCGCAGGGUGACGGUGCCUGGGCUGUCCCCGUCCCGCCGGUACAAGUUCAACCUGUACGGGGUGUGGGGUAGGAAACACGUGGGUCCCGUCUCCACCGAUGCCAUCACAGCCCCAGCUCCACAAAAGGAGAAGCCACCGUCCCAGCCCCGCCUGGGCGAGCUCACGGCCCCACAUGUCACCCCUGAGUCCGUGGAGCUGGAGUGGAGCGUCCCCGAGGGCACCUUUGACUCCUUCACGGUGCAGUACAAGGAUGCCCAAGGGCAGCCCCAGGUGCUGCCCGUGGAGGGUGGUUCCCGCAGGGUGACGGUGCCUGGGCUGUCCCCGUCCCGCCGGUACAAGUUCAACCUGUACGGGGUGUGGGGUCGGAAGCGUGUGGGCCCCAUCUCCACCGACGCCCUCACAGGCGCCCCGGGGACCCUCUGGGUGGGGACCGUGUGGCCCCGCAGCGCCCGGCUGCACUGGGCACCCCCCCACGCCCCCCCCGACGGCUACGACCUCGUCUACGGCCCCCCCGGAGGACCCCAACAGACGCUGCGGCUGCCCCCCGAGGCGACGUCCCAUCAGCUGUGGGGCCUGGAGCCGGCGGGGCGCUAUGGGGUGCAGUUGCGGGGGCGGGGCGGGGAUGCGCCCCCUACCCCCCUGGAGGCCACCUUUGACACCCGUGAGCCAGAUACCAGGGUCCUUGGGUGGGGGCACCCGGAUACCUGGUCUCUAGGGUGCCUUGGGGGUCCCCGGCCGCCUGGGUGCCCACACCCCCUUGCCCCAACAGCUCCCCUCCCCCACCCGCACCCCCGGGACUGCGCCGAGGAGCAGCUGAACGGGCCGGGGCCUUCGCGCGAGACCCUCAUCUUCCUCGGGGGAGACCCCGGGAGACCCCUGCGCGUCUUCUGCGACAUGGAAACCGAUGGCGGCGGCUGGCUGGUGUUCCAGCGCCGCCAGGACGGGGGCACCGAUUUCUGGCGGGGGUGGGGCGCCUACGCCCAUGGUUUCGGCAACGUCACCGGGGAGUUCUGGCUGGGGAACGAGGCGCUGCACGCGCUGACGGCGGGGACCCCCACGGAGCUGCGGGUGGAUCUCCGCACCCCGCGGGACGCCGCCUUCGCCCGCUACCGCGACUUCGCCGUGGCCGGCCCCGAGGAGCAUUACCGCCUCCGCCUCGGCGCCUACAGCGGCACCGCCGGGGACGCGCUCUCCUACCACUCCGGCAGCCCCUUCUCCACGCGGGACCGGGACCCCCGGGGCCGCCCCCGCCCCUGCGCCGUCGCCUACGCCGGGGCCUGGUGGUACCACAACUGCCACUACGCCAACCUCAACGGGCGCUACGGGACCCCCCGCCACCACCAGGGCAUCAACUGGUUUCCCUGGAAAGGCUUCGAGUUCUCCAUCCCCUUCACCGAGAUGAAGCUGCGGCCGCAACGCGACUGAGGGCACCCAGGGGUCCAGGCAGCACCCAGGGGUCCGGGUGGCACCCAGGGGUCCGGGUGGCACCCAGGAAA